UAUCCGCCGCCAACUAGUUUCCAAACAGCCAAACCCAUCUCUCCCCCUCACCCUCUCCGCCGCCGCCACGGCACCACCGCCUCCUCCCCCUCGUCACACUGGCAAGUCCCGACGAGCGUCUCCUCUUCAUGUAGCCAGUUGGUACGAGAAGGCGGGUUCGUUUCGUUUGAAUCGAGCGGCCGUUGCAUCACGGCGGUCCAACAUGGUGGUGAAGGUGGAGGAGGAGCCCGCGCUGGGCGCGCCGGAGGAGGACUCGCCGCCGCUGUCGCCUAGCGACGACGAGGAGGACGAUGUGGAGGAGACUGAUAGCGAGGGGGAUGGAGCGGGAGGCGGCGCGCCCCCGCUGAAGAAGGGUCCGUGGACGCCCGAGGAGGAUAAGCGGCUGAAGGAGUAUGUGGAGGCGCACGGCGAGGGGAACUGGAACCAGGUGCAGCGGAACGCGGGGCUCAACCGCUGCGGCAAGAGUUGCCGCCUCCGCUGGGCCAACCACCUCAGGCCCGACCUCAAGAAAGGUCCCUUCGACGACCAAGAGGUGGACAAGAUUAUCCAGAUGCACCAUAGCUGGGGGAACAAGUGGGCAAAGAUGGCGGCCUGUUUGCCAGGGCGCACAGAUAAUGAAAUUAAGAACUUUUGGAAUACCAGAUUGAAGAGGCAUCAAAGAGCUGAUUUGCCUAUGUAUCCAGAGUAUUUAGCUUCUCGGGUUUCCAAUGAAGACAUCAGCUGUCACACUCCUGAUGAGACACAUGGUCUGAAACGAUCAAAUGAGUUCUCACUGGAAAAUAUUCUUGAUUUUAAUGAACUAAUGAAGUUUACUAUGAUCGACUAUGAUAAUCACAUGCACGAUCUCCCUGUUUCAAGCCUUGUGAUUCCGAGGAACCCUUUGAAACAUCAUGUCUCUACUGGCUGUAUAGUAUCAGACUACAAUGGCAAUCCUGAGGAGACUGAGAAUACCAUUUGUUCCAUAGAUUUCAACUGUGGAAUGACAAAGAGUCAGUUGGCACCUCUUAGUAGUGCCAUUGCCAGUGGCCAUCCAAUAUUCGAUGGCAACCCCUCUACUUCUGGGACCAUACAGAAGACAGAGCUUCCUUCAUUCCAAUAUUCCAGCUAUGACGACUAUAGUAAUGUCUGGCUGUGUGAAGGCCCCUCGGGUCCUCGUAUUGAACAGGUUGACACCUUCAUUCAAUCCCCAGGGUCUGAUUUCAAUUCGUUCAAAUCAGAAUCCAUAUCUUCACAGAACACUGAUUGGCUGUAUGCAAUGGUUCACAAGGUUGAUGGAUUAGACCCUAUAAACUCUCAUGGAUUUUUGGAAGUGUCUGUUCCUCCUCUUUCAUACAAUCAAGUGUCACAAUCAAAUGCUUACCCUAUGAGGCAUUCCUAUUCAGUUCUUGGUGAUUGUGAACUUGAGGGCAAUUAUUUUGAUGAAAUUCAAGCUUCAAAUUCACCUUCGGGUUUGGAUGCUAUUUUUCCUUUCAGCAAUUAUUAUCCGGAUGCUAUUUUUCCAUCCUUGGAGGAUACCGGGAUGCAUGAUGCUUUAGAAGCAAGUUUCAUGAACGAAGGAUCACUACUCCCAAAGGAGCACUCUAUUUUCCAAUCAUUGAGUUCAAUCUUUGACGGGGAUUCUUCCGAGGAGGCUAAGCUGUCAACUGCAGGUCAUGUGCUUGAUUCACCCGCCUGGAAAAGCUCCUCGGCCAAGCUCCUUGGCCGUGGCAAACAGGAGCCGGCACUGCCACGUGACGGUCCUAAUUCCCGUCGUUUGUUUGAACGCUGAUCAGUCAAUAAUCACCAAAGAAAAAGAGGUUAAGAUGCACCAAUAAAGGUUGUGGGGAAUCAUGGGUGCAAGUGGCAUGAUCCUGGCUUGCUGCAUGUACCAAGUGUGAGACCGGGAAUAUAUUUUGGGCAUGUAAUUGUUCAAAUGUACUGGAUUUUGUGUUCUUGUCCUUGCACCUCAUGUAUUUUGAAUUUUACUAUCAUUUGUGUGUAUGAAUUUUACAAUGGCAAUGGAUAUGAAGUAAACCAAAUUCUCCAAUUUA